UAACAGCUCUAAGAAGUGGCUCAUUGUGGGUCUUAUCUCUUUGGGGAUCCUGAGUGUUGGCCUCCUUAUUGGACUCAUCAGACUUGGUUUUCACGCUCAUGCAUUAUCGAGCUUGGCAGCAGGUCUCUCUGAUACGAAAGACAAUCUGACUGAUCGUCUCCAGUCCAGCAAAGACCAGCUUUCUGCUAUGACUAAAGAAAGAGACCAACUGAAUGCAACACUCUUGCAACGGUCUAAUGAAGUGACCAGGCUUCAGAGUUUGUCAAAGAAAACCUGUCCUGACGGAUGGAGGAUGUUCAGCUUUUCUUGUUAUCUCCUCAUUACUGAAUCUGGUCCUUGGAAGAAAGCCAGAGAAGACUGCAGGAAGAGAGGAGGCUAUCUGGUGGUGAUAAACGACGAUGAUGAACAGAAAUUUGUUUUUGCCUUAUCUGACAAGUCACCAUGGAUUGGUUUGAAUGAGUUGGUUGAUGGCACUGCUCUGAGUUCUGAGCCUAAAAAGUUCUGGGGACAUGGCAAGCCUCAUAAUGCUCAUGGAGGUGAGGAUUGUGCACAGAUUGGGAGAAACCACAAGACAUGGAAUGAUAAUAAAUGUGAUGGUUCUUUCCCGUGGAUCUGUGAAAAAGCUCCAGUGUAAUGAUGGGUAUAUAUUAGCGGUUGCUUUCCAAUUGAGGCUAAAUUUAAGCUUUACGUUUUGUACUGCAGAUACCUGAAAAUGUUUUAACAUUACAUAUUAUAGAUACAGUGCAGUAGCACCAUUUCUAAAGUGCCAUUUUUAAAAAAACACAAAUUAUCCAUUUGCAGAUUAGAUUUAACUGUAAUUUCUUUCACAUAAAAGCUUCUUAAAUAUGGAUCUGCAGCCUAUUGUUGCUGCCAGUCUGCUGUCUGCUUCAUUGUUGAAAUUAAUCCUGUCAUCUGUGACAUCUAGCAGUUUGUGGACGUCCACAAAAAGGCCUGAUUUUUGUGACUGCAACAAAUGUUCACAUCAAUACUGAAAGUACAGCUACCAUUU